UCUUCCUCCCCUCCAGCGUUGCAUUCGCGGCGCUUCUUUUUUCAAAAGCUCUUGUCUCCCCUUGGAAAUCUCUCCUCUCCUUCCCCCCACCUUCACAACCAUGCAGGCCAUUCCCAGAACCGCCGCGCGCUCUGCGGCGCUGCGCAACGCCGCCCGCCGUGGCUACAGCUCGGCCAGCUCGCCCUACGCCAAGACCAUCGAGAACCUGCGCAUUAACAGCGAGACCAAGGUCAUCUUCCAGGGCUUCACUGGAAAGCAGGGAACUUUCCACGCCCAGCAGGCCAUUGAGUACGGAACCAAGGUUGUUGGUGGAACAAACCCCAAGAAGGCUGGCCAGACACAUCUCGACCUGCCCGUCUUCAAGAACGUCUCCGACGCCGUCAAGGAGACUGGAGCCACCGCCACUGCGCUUUUCGUCCCGCCCCCUCUGGCCGCCGCCGGUAUCGAAGAGGCUCUCGCGGCUGAGAUCCCCCUCGCCGUCUGCAUCACCGAGGGAAUUCCUCAACAUGACAUGGUCCGCAUCACCCAGAUGCUCAAGACCCAGUCCAAGACCCGUCUGGUCGGCCCCAACUGCCCCGGCAUCAUCGCCCCCGGCCAGUGCAAGAUCGGCAUCAUGCCCGGCUUCAUCCACAAGCGCGGCCGCAUCGGCAUCGUCUCCCGCUCCGGCACCCUGACCUACGAGGCCGUCAACCAGACCACCCAGGCCGGCCUCGGCCAGUCCCUCGUCGUCGGCAUUGGCGGUGACCCCUUCAGCGGCACCAACUUCAUCGACUGCCUCAAGGUCUUCAUCGAGGACGAGGAGACGGACGGCAUCAUCAUGAUUGGCGAGAUUGGUGGCUCCGCCGAGGAGGACGCCGCCGAGUUCCUCAAGCAGGCCAACACCGUCAACGGCGGCAAGCCCGUCGUCAGCUUCAUCGCCGGCAUCUCCGCUCCCCCCGGCCGCCGAAUGGGCCACGCCGGUGCCAUCGUCUCCGGCGGCAAGGGUGGUGCUGACUCCAAGAUUGCCGCCCUGGAGAACGCCGGCGUCAUUGUGGAGCGCUCGCCCGCUGGUCUGGGCAAGGCCCUCUACAACGAGUUUGUCCGCCGCGACCUGCUGUAAAUUACAAGUCUCUCUUUUUUCCUUCUCCUCUUUUUAAUUGGCGAAAUGAGAUGAUUUACAGUAAGAAAAAUAAAGACAGUGGACUUUGACUUAAUCAUAUUCUUAAUUUAAAUCCAUUAAAUACAUGAAAAACAAUUUAUACACGGUGGGAGUGGAGGCUGUAGAAAACGGCUGUUGAUAGGUUUCUGGAGCAUGUGGGUAGGAAGGGGAAACGGAGGAAUAAGCUCUUUUUUUCAUAGAAAAAGGGCUAUUUUUGUUUUCACUCAAGUCUAUUGCCGUAGAUUCGUGAUAGAUUAGGUGUCAUGGGAGAGCAAUUGUACCACUUACGAAGUGCG